AUGUCACAUCAUCCUGCUUAUACCAUGGGCGCAAUAUGCGUAGCUGGAGGUAUUUUUGGAUAUAUCUCAAAGCGCUCAGUACCCUCCCUAGUCGCAGGUUUGGGUAUUGGUGUCUUAUAUGGUAUUGGAGGGCUUCUGAUAAAACAAAAUAAAGAAUAUGGACAUGAAACUUCACUAGCCGCUUCGGUUAUAUUGGCUGGCAGUAUG